AUGUUGCUGAAGGACAGUGCACAGAGAGGAGAGGAGAGAGCUGUGUGCUUACCGGGCGUGUUGCUGAAGGACAGGGAGCUGCUCGGACAGGCUGGGGAUUCGAAGUCCUCUGCGAUCGUGGCUGACCUGUCAGAAACCACCUUUGAGACCAGCAAUGGAGAGACCAGCAUCGGAGGAGAGAUACAGACCCUAGCUUGGGACCCCAGAGGCGAGAGGCUAGCUGUGCUGCUUAAAGGAAACCCUGAGAAGUCAGACAGCAGGUCGAUCAUCGCGGUUUUUAAAACUCGCACCAGCCCCGUCUUCGAGCUGGUCCCCUGCGGGUUCGUCCAGGGGGAGGAGGGUGCCGACCCCCAUCUCAUUCACUUCCACCCGCACUUCGAGAAGGGAGCCCUGCUCACCGUGUGCUGGUGUAACGGGCGCAUCUCUCACAUCCCCUUCUACUUCGUGAGUGCCGGGGUGCCUCGGCACAGUCUGGGGUACAGCCCCCCCGUACCCUACCCCUCCCGGGGGUCUGAGGUCAGCGAGAGACUGCUGUUCUCCGAGCUGGGCUCCUGAGCAGACAGAGGAUUAAAGAUACCGUGUCUUCCUUGAGAUGAGUGUUCGAACUUUUUUUUUCUUUUAUGAAUUUGUAAUUAUAAAUAAAAUAAUAAUAAUUAUAAUAAUCUGUGAUUGCUAAUAAUAAUCAUAAUGAUCUCGGACUCCUCUUUAUUACACUUGAUUGAAACAGCCAAUCAGGACCGUCUCUUGUGUGCUGUGAUCCGUAUCGUACCGCGACGUGCGCAUCGUGAUAGGGUCGUAUCGCGAUAUUGGUUUGAUCAGUGACAUCAUCAAAGCCCUAGCUGAAUCUUAAACGAUGUGAAAUGUCUUCUACUCUCCAGCCCCCCUCCCGUCGGGUCUAACUGAAAGGCAACAGGUUUUUUUACACCAAAUCUUUUCUUUUUUCGUCGCUUACAAAAAUACCAUCUGGUUCCUGUGUCAGGAUGUGUGCUGCACGUUCCUUCUCAUUAACGAAGGCUGUGAAAAGCCGCCAAUAAGCCUGAGUCAUGUGUAUUUUUAUAUGACAGCGUGGGA